AUGGCGCUGAAGUCUAGGAAGCUUCUCGAAGAAGAGCUCCGAGAAGCUCCACAAAAUAAAUGUGACAUGGAGGCAUAUAGAUCUGCUCGCCCCGGUGGUCACGCGCACUCGUUCGCCUACUUCCACGGCCCCGUGGAGGGCGGUCACCACGAGAUCGUCGUGGACGGAGGCGACGGCGGCGGCGGUGGUGGCGGCGGUCACGGAGGCGGCCACGGUGGUCACGGACACGGCGGACACCACCACACCCACACCGGCGGGAAGUACGUCGACUACGUGGCUCAUCCUCGGUAUGAAUACGCAUACGGUGUAACUGAUGGCCACUCUGGGGACCACCACGGUCAGAAGGAGCACCGCGACGGUGACGAAGUUGUCGGAGAAUACACGAUAAAGGAACCUGGUGGCAAUGUGCGAACUGUCAAGUACUACUCUGACAAGAAGGGUGGCUUCUUCGCCAAGGUCCAGAACAGCGGUGGAAAUGACCACUCCGGAGGUACCUACGGAGGCUACAGCCACGGAGGCCACGGUGGUGGUGGUGGCGGUGGAGGCCACGGAGGCGGCCACGGUGGUGGUGGCGGCGGUGGUGGCCACGGAGGCGGACACGGACACUACUAGACAAGUCUUGGCGGCACCACAGCUUCUGCUCAACACACGUUCUCUUUUGUACCUUUCCAUGUUGAGUUUUUGUUUGU